AUGCCCUACAGAGCGAAAUUGCCUACAACAACCAACAUCCAACAGCACCCCACCAGCUCAAUUAGACCAAUUUACUCCCCGCGUCAGAACCACUUAGCAAAAACGCGUCGCGUGUCGCCGCCCCUCCAAAAGAAUCCCACCACUAACAGCUUGUUUGCUACCAGACCAGACCUUUCUCACACCGACUUCCUUUUUCUCAACAAUCCAUUGGAUUUGAUGCAAUUCGCCCUGCCUAAUAAGUUACACCAACACUCCUGA